AUGAAGUCUGUAUUGUUCACUCUUGCAGUCUUUAUGCUCUUUGCCAAACUUGUCUCAGGUCAUUGGUAUGUGAAAAAGUGUGCAAACAAAACUGGAAAUUGCAGGAACAAGUGCGAUACUGGAGAGAUGCAGACGAAGCCUACGUCAGGGAUGUGCACCAAGCUAAAACUGUGCUGUGUUCCAAUUGGCAACAAUUCUUGUUCUUUUGUCUGUGGUGAAACAAAGUCUACAAAAGCUCCAGGAACAGUAACUCCAGGGACAGAUGCUGCUUCCCGAACAUUCCAGCCUUUGACUCCUGACCUAGGAAACCUGGUUUAUUAA